UACUGUGAUAUUUCCGAUCAAAUGACGUCUCCCUGGACUUUCAUAGCAGUUGUGGCUGGUGCACUCUUGGCACUCUGUUACCUCCCAUCAUCGAAACAUCGCGGGAAACCUGAAGCUUCCAAGGCCACAACCUCCCAAUGCCUCCACGGACCCCCUCCGUGCUGCGCUCCCUCCGCCACCCCUCCAACUCCCCAAUCGGCCUCUUCUUCUGCCCCUCGUGCUCGGCAUGGCGCUUUUCGUGGCCUCUCGCGACGCCCAGGACCCGCGCUCGUCCGCAACUGCACGCCUUCCGCGCCCCAGCGCACCUCCGACACGCCUCCUCGCUCGCUUCGACCACUGCGAUCAACGCGCCGCUGGACGUACCGCCUAGGUUCCAGGAGCUGCAUCAGGCGCUAGACGGGCUAGGGAAGGCGGCGGCGGCGGCGAACUAUGUGAACAUCAGCCGGUUGCAGCUCGCGCUCCGGGGCCUGGAGGGCGGCGAUGCCGUGGUGCGGGUCGCGGUGCUGGGGAUAGGCGGACAGAAGCACGCGCGGAAGAUGGCGCGGCUGCUGCUGGCGGAUCCGCUGGGUGGAGAGGGCGCGUGGGAGAAGAGGGUGGAGAGGGCGGAGUUUGAGGGGAGGGGACUGCUUUUACGGUUUGGGAUGCUUCCUGGCUGGUUGUUUGAGAGUGGUUGCUAACGGCGGUUGCGGUGUAGGUACGGCGAUGAGGCGGAGUUUCAUCCGAGGAAUCCGCUGCUGGAGACGGUUUCGGUGCCGUCGCAGACGCUGCUGAGGAAUAAUCUUGAGAUUCUGGUUGCGGGGCUUGAUGUUGGGGUUGGAGGGGGA